AUUGUCGUCCCCCUCUUAAUGUGAUUUAACUGAAUUAUGGUGUAGAAAUGCCCACAAUUUGGUUUUGGCUGUCCAACAGUGCACCUGUGUCGUGUGGACUAGGCAAGGCAGUUUGGCACCAGUGUGAACAGUGCUUGGGAGUUCGGUCUGAGUGUGCGUCGGUCGUGCUACGUGUCUCGUGGAACGGAGUAUAAGUAGAUUCGCGUGUAAAGGUGGCCAUAUGAAUGGUCGGUGACCCCCCACCCCAGCCAGCCAGGAGUUAGGAAGAUGAAGCCGCGGGGGGCGAGCGUGAUGCACGCCUUCACAGCCCUCACAAUGCUCACGAUGGCCAACGCCCAGACAACAUGCAACCAAGGUAUGGGAAGGGUGAUGUACGAACGAUUGCCGAAUCAACAGCUACAUGGAUUUGAUGAUGACGUAGUGCGAGAGACGGCGCCGCCUUUCCGCGUGUUGGAAAAAUGCCAAGACCUCUGUCUACGUGACCGUUCCGGCAACAGUCUGGUCAGGACCUGCAACUCCAUAGACUUCCAGCCAGGAGCCAGGAUAGCGGCCUUCAGCCCUGAACCGGAGUACGAGGAGUCCACGUGUUACUUGACGAGGGAGCAGGCUACUCCCGAGGGCAUAGGGACGCUGAUGAUUGUCCCUAACAGCGUGCAUUUCAAUGAGAUUUGCCUUACGUCAAAUCGACCUGAACGUGAGUGCCCAUCGCGCCGUUACGUGUUCGAGCGUCAUGCCAGAAAGCGUCUGAAGCUUCCACCAUCAGACCUGAAAGAGAUUAUGGUGGCGAACCGCACUGAAUGCGAAGACAAGUGCUUGGGAGAGUUCAGCUUCGUAUGCCGCUCUGCCACCUACGACUCAGCCUUGAGGACUUGCUCAUUGAGCAGGUUCACACGACGAACGCACCCCGAGUUAUUGGAGGACGACCACAACGCGGACUAUUUGGAAAACACUUGCUUAAACGCCGAACGGAGGUGUGACGGCUUGGCGGUGUUUAUCAAAGAAGAAAACAAACGAUUAGGAGGUCCGUUCGAGGCUGACGUGUUUACCAAUAUGACGUUAGACGAAUGCCAGGCCAUGUGUGUUAGGGCUGAGAAAUACUUCUGUCGGUCCAUCGAGCACGACGCCAUGACACGGCAAUGCGUCCUCUCGGAGGAGGACUCUGUGUCUCAGAAGGACGACGUGACUGUCAGCGCGUCGCCCACCCACCACUUCUACGAUCUUGUCUGUUUGGACAAUCUCUCUCAUCGGGUGACAGCUCGUGGCACGGAGUACCCGGACAACAGUGUGACGUCACACCUGUUCUCGCCCGGACGGCGUCCGGACACGGCCUUCCAGAGGUAUCGGAACAGCAAGAUCACGGGAGAGUUUCAUUCGGAGAUUACCGGACGAUCGCUCAGCGAGUGCCUGGAUGAGUGCUUGAGGCAGACCAGUUUCCAGUGCAGAUCUGCUGUGUACAGUGAUCGGUCAAGAAUAUGCCGGCUGAGCAGAUACAAUCAGAAAGAUGGGAUGAGGCUGCUCUACGACCCGGAUUAUGAUUACUACGAAAAUCUCAUGCAUCAAUUAGUGAGUGGUGAGACGGAGGCGGGGGGCGCGGGGAGCGGCUCGGCGACGCCCUGGGGACGCCCCACUACCACAGGUGGUAACGGCGGAGGCGAUCGGGACCGGGAUCGCGACCGCGACAGGUAUCCCGGAAGCGCAGACCGCGACCGCGACCGGUAUCCAGACGAUGACCGCUACGACGACGAUCGGUACGGCGGCCGACCCGAUCGGUACCCCGACGACCGGUAUCCAGUCGGCCCCGAACCUUACCCGGACAGAUACUCCCCGGGCGAUCGCUACCCAAUCGACAGAUAUCCCGACGACAGAUACCCACCCGGUGUCGGGAUCGACCCAUAUCCGGCUGCUUAUCCCGCUGCCUACCCGUCCGACGUCGACCGGUACAGACCCGGAUACGACCGGUUCCCUGCCGGUGAUCGAUACCCAUCUGCGUCUGGAAGCAGAUAUCCCAGCGGCGGAGACCGAUAUCCCUCCUACUACUACCCCGUAUCCAACAGCAUCGAUAACUAUCCUGGUGAUAGGGAUAGAUAUCCAAUUAGCAAAUAUCCUAUUGACAUUUACCCCGCUGACCGGUACCCAGAGAGAUACCCUGUUCGGGGCGGCUCGUACCCUGAGCGACCGUGGUAUCCGCGCCGCUAUCCUGACCGGUACGACCAGGACCGAUACCCGUACAGCCGGUAUCCCGUGGGGGUGAAUAGGGACCCCGUCCCACUUGGUGGUGGCAGAUACCCUGACUUGUAUGACAAAUAUCCGCCGACCGGAUCGUCCUACCCUGCAGGUUAUGGUAGAGGCGGUUACUAUGGUCCAGCAACGUUCCCCAGGCCAGAUCGCUACCCAGUACCAGCUCCGGACGUAGGUCUACGACCAGGCCCUGAUAGCUAUCCUGUUGAACCAAGACCCGGUCUUGGGAUCGGUCAUAAAAGACCGAUUGAUAGGCCAGGCCUGCUGGAUAGGCCUGGACUAAUAGAUAGACCGGUAUACCCACCACCAGGAUUGGAUCGUCCUGUAGUCGGAGCCAUCUAUCCAGGUUUUGAUAAAGAUGGGCCAGUAGGUCCCGUAGGCAUUCCAAACGGAAGACCAGCGCCUGGAUUCAACAGACCAUGGCAAGGUUCUCGCUGUGAGGAGGACAGCUUUAGACAGGUCGGCAGACAACGAAUGCAAAAGCGAUUCGUCCGUCGUUUCACAACUGCAUACUCCUUGGCUCACUGCCAGAGAGAGUGUAUAGAAGCUAGAGACUUUAUUUGUAGGGCGUUUAACUAUAGGGAUGUUACGUACGGGGAACCUCGUGAUAAUUGUGAGCUAAGUGACCAUGAUACUCAAGCUUUAGAUGCUGCCAAUCCACUGCACUUCGAUAAUACAGCAAACGAUUAUGAUUUCUACGAAAGGGCAUUGGGUCGCAUAGCAGACGACUGUUUAGAUGUGUCUCAAGUAUGCAACGAAGAUGGCAUGGAGUUCACACUCAGGUUGCCAGAAGGCUUCUACGGCCGAAUGUACACUUACGGGUUCUACGAUCGUUGUUUCUUCAGAGGAAACGGGGGUACCGUGAAUGUGUUACGAAUUUCGGGUGCACAUGGAUAUCCUGAAUGUGGCACACAAAGAUAUGGCGAUACCAUGACAAAUAUCGUGGUGGUUCAGUUCAGCGACAACGUUCAAACCUCCAGAGACAAGCGGUUCAACUUGACUUGUCUCUUCAGGGGACCAGCUGAGGCUGUUGUUACGUCAAACUACAUCGGGGCUGGGUCUGGCAGUCCGAUCCCCAUCGAGUAUCUUCCAGAGGAGAGCUCCCUGAACUCCAAGGUUCGCCUCAUGAUCCUGUACCAAGGCAGGCCGACCACCACCAUCGCCGUUGGAGACCCGCUCACCUUCAGACUGGAAGCCCAGGAUGGGUAUAACUACGCAACGGACAUCUUCGCAACGAAUGUCAUUGCUCGAGAUCCUUAUUCUGGCAGAUCUGUUCAACUGAUCGAUAGAGUGGGAUGCCCAGUGGACCCGUAUGUGUUCCCUGAAUUGGACAAAGGUCGCAGCAGCGAUUCCUUGGAGGCAAAAUUCAACGCGUUCAAGAUUCCUGAAUCAAACUUUUUGGUGUUCGAAGCUACGGUGCGCACCUGUAGAGAUGGUUGCCAGCCAGCCUACUGUCCGAGUCACACUGGUCGGUCAGAGCCGUCCUUUGGCCGUCGCAGAAGGGAUGUCAACGCUACUAUUGCCGCGGAGGGCAACGACACAGCUGAGGUGAAGCCCGACGAGACAAGCGACUCCAGCGCAGAUAGCACCGACGCCAAAGACAAGGAUGGAGCAGUGUACAAAGUGUCGUAUGAAGAAACUGGGGUGGACAAGUAUCUGAAGGAAGAAGUGGAGACGCCAAGUCACGUUCGGAAGAUGAUUGAGGUGUUCGACAACCGCAACGAACUGCUAGAAGAGAACGGCCCUUCGGACUCGUCACCUGUAGUGGCGGAGGUCGGCGUGUGCGUGUCGCCCUACCACUACCGGGCGCUGCUGGUGGCACUGUGCGUGCUACUGUCGCUCCUGCUGGCAAUGCUGACUGCCGCCUUGUAUAUUUACAGGCGAUACUGGCGUGUGCUGCGCAAGAACAUCCAAGCGUCGAGCCCUGCGCCGGCGCUGCGCCCCGUAACGCCGGGCCCACGGCCCACCAGGCCCUCGCUCUUCUCCGCUUCACAUCUACACAAACCAUUCUCUUUGAGCGGCCUGGGCAGAACAUUUGCUGAGGUGGGAGACGAGGCCGGCUCAGCAGGGCGCCUGGCAAACGCCUUCGACGACGGCAGCGAGCCCAUCUACACCGAUCCUUCGCUGUUCGAGCGCUCGCGGUCUCUCCGCUCCCUCCACUCGCUAGACCUCAAGCCCGAGCGCCGCGACCACCGCUCCUAAACGCACAACUCCCAACUCUAUCAUAACUACUCAAGACUUUAAUUCGUGCAAUCGUAAUUUUAACUGCCAAAGAUGCUCAGCCUUCUAAUCCGUUCAUUGAUCUGUAUACAAUAGCUAUGUAUUCUUUAUAACAAUGUACUUAAUUUUACUAUAAUUUACUUGUAUAAGUACUAAUAAAUAUCUACGAUUAUUCUAAUCUUUUAAUUUUUGUAACAGUUGUGGAAAUAAAAGACUUGGAUUAAAAAUAUGUAUAGUCAAUUUAA